AUGGCGCAAUAUCAAUUGUUGUCUCAAGCUUUGACUGAAAUUCAAGAUGGUAAUCAUCAAGGUGCUACUGAAACUAUAUCAAAAUACAUUGAUUCACUUCCAAAUGAAGCUAAAGAAGAACGUAAAGUAGCAAUUCGAUUUCGAAUUGAUACAAAUCUAAAAUCUGGAAAGAUGGAUGAAGUCAAACGUGAUAUCAUGUUUUUAAAUUCAAUGUUGAUGGAUGAAAAAGAUAAAGAAAUUCUGCUCAAGAUGAUUCGAAUGUCAUUGUGA